GGACGCUUCGUCUCCUCUCCCGGUGUUGAGCAGCGCCUAUCAGCCUCUCCCGUGGCUGUACCUCGGGUUCUUGGCGAUAUGGGCGGCCUCCGGCUUCUGCUGGGCCUCCAGCUCCUGGAGGAGUCGGCAUUUCCAGCGAACUCGGAGACGGCGUCCCUCCUUAGCAGCAGCCACCGCCGGCGGUCCUCCUGUCUUCGUCACCCCUCCGCCGCUGAGCCAACUCAGAUGAUGCAGUUGCCGACGCUGGUGGUCCUGCUCGUCGCGCCGCCGGUGGUCCUCCUCGUCGCGCCGCCACUGCCGAGACGUUGUCGCUGUCGCUCCUCCCACCCUUUGUGCUCUGGUAAAUAACCUUCAGUGGAUCCUGGCUUUGCUGCCCUUGAUCAAAGCCCUCCAAAUGGGGCUCUCAUGUCUGUUCUGGUACUCGUGCAUACACCUUCAGACAUGCUCGCUGUGGAUGUCAUUUGGCGUGUACGUUACGGGGAUUCUCUUCCAGACGGCUUCCUUCGUUUCGUUCAUGCUCAUAUCACACGGUUACUGCAUCAUGUGCGAGCGCCUCUCGAUCAGGGAGAGGCGCACAACCGCUUGUUUGGGAUGCCUUAUCUACCUCAGUCUAAUCGGUUACAAAGCUGCAGUUACUUAUUUCACAGUCUUUCUUCUUAUCAACUACUUUAUGUCAUUUUACAUCAUAUUUCGCCGCACAUCCCAAAACCUCUUGCUUCUAAGGGAACAACUGAAUUUCAUAGAGGAGGAAGACAUCCAUUCACUACAUGGGGCACUGAACACAAAGUACACAAUGUUCAAGAGAUUUCAAGGUACAAUGCAGGUUGCACUGGUGGCAUUCAUCAUGGUGUACAUGAGGGCUGAUGGUACACCAGAUAACUACUGGUUUCGUGUAUUGGUGCGUGAAUGGGUACAGUUUUGCAUAUUCAUGUAUAUUGGGUGGAAUUUCAGGAUACCUGAAGCAUCACUCCAUCUUCCAGUUGUACCCCUUAUGAAAUCAACUUGGGAGAUUGCUAUGCCUCCUAUUUACAGUGUGGAAAUGGAUGCAGCCGAUUUCAAAGGCCUCGUAUCAGACCAUUGGCACGUCGGGGUGAGAACUUCUCAUAACAACUCAGGUUGUCCUUCACAGCCAUUGCUGGUGCUAGUUCAGAAUCCUAGUCCAAAGGUUUCCACUGCAGCCACAGCUUCGAGGUUAUAGUUGAACAAGAACAACCAAGUUUAAUUUUGAAAGCAAGACGUAGAAGAAGGCAUCGACCAACUAGUUGAUUCGGAAGUGACCGGCACGACAUUGUUGUGCUGUACAGUGAAAUACAGGGGGGAAAAAGUUUCAUCCCUUUUUGGUUUCUGUUAAUAUUUCAUAGGAAUGAGCACACAGCAUGUAGAUUUGCAUACAAGGUGUUAUUUGCUAUUCAGCAAUGGUACCACCAUUUACAGCUCAGAAGUUUUUUCUUUAGAAAAAGGAAAACACAUGAAUUUCUUCAUGUAAAAAAAGGAGAACGUGUGCUUAACACUUAUCAGCAACAAUAUCAUCUCAAGGGAGCGAGAUAAUUAUGAAAAGGCAAACCAAUUGUGUUACUAA